ACGAUGUGGACGUCUAAUAGAAAUGGUUUCGCUUAAGUUUUAAACAAUUAAUUCCCAAAUAACUGGGGUAAACAAUGAAGUUAAUAGUAGAUUACUUUGGAAAUGGUGAAAUAGAAAAUGAAAACCUAAAGAUACAGUGUAUGAGGAUUACUAAGAAUGAUUUAUGUUUCUAUGAUGUGAUCUACUUUAAAGUUUCUAUCAUCACUCAUACGUCACAGUGUUCACGGAGCAAAGGAAUAUCUAAGAAAUCUCAGAUGGCGUUGCAAUCAUAACUAAGAUCAGAUUUCCAGAUCAGGCCAAACCAUCAACAGACGAUAACUGAGAAAAACUAAAGAUUGUUUAAUUAACCAAAGCGAAGACAACUGACAAAAGGUUGCCUCAUUCAGUCCCUACGCCAAAAACACAGACAGACACACAUACGGAUAUCCUUGGGACCGGAAGAUACACUGGCUGGGUAAGAAAGGGCAGUGAAGUGCAGGUGAAAUAUAAAAUGUUAACUAAGCAUCAGUGCUAUGCUGCUGCAAGCAAAAGGAAAGCAUUGCCAGCAAUUUUUAUGCUAACACAAACUGCCUCAUUCCCCUCAAUCAACGCUGGCAUCAGGAAUCGCAACUCUUUUUGCUGCACUUCCUCGCAUUUACAUGAAUGUCAGUGUCGGCAAACUGCUGUUCCACAGGCACUCGCCAACAACACCCAUGCUGUUGCCACAAACACAGCAGCAGCAAAAAUUGUUGCCACAUACACAACCUCAAUACGCUGCAACAGAAAUCAAAUACCAACAUAGACCGUGCGCAAUGAUUGUGCACCAUGACGGCGAUGGUGACUAUGAAAAGCAAAUAAAAAAGUGAUAAAAAAAAAUACAGAACACAAAAAAAAAAGGAAAAAUACACAAAACAUUUUUUUUUCUAUAAAACAAAACUAAGGCAGUGAAGGACAACGAAGAAGAAGUACUAGAAAAAAGUAAAUAAAAUUUAAAAGUGGUUAAUUAAAAGUUAAGUCUUUGCCACUUCUCCUCCUUUCAGUAAAUUUAUUAACAAUUGAAAAAAUAAAAAAUAAAACAACUACAGCUACAGCAAGCGCAAGACAAACAUCAACAACAUCGACAAGUUGUUGAGUUGAACACGCAAUGGGUUUUUGUCUUUCCGGUGUUGCGGUUUAAGUGUUUCCGGUCGGUAACUGCAAGUCAUUCAACAUUCGUCGAACUCGUAGUCGUUGUUGAAGUCGUCACUGGUAGCAGUGUGGCUACUCAAAUAGUUUUUGUGUGCUUUUUUUCUCGCGUAGCUAUUUUGGCGUGGUUUUUCAUCGAUUGCUUUGCCACUUCCCUAUGCAUUCAUAUCCGCUUGUUUGAAAAAUACAUUUCUAUCAAUAGAGCGAGACAGAGAGAGAGAGAGAGUGAAAAAACAUUAAAAAAAACAACACAACACAACAGAAACAUAAAAACCUAAGACCCAAAAACUAUGUUAACACAACUUUAUACGACAGAAGAGGAUCCGACCUUGUGUUCGAUUAUUUGGGGUACAAAUUUUUCGGUUACGCCUGCCGCUGCUGCCCACGAGAAUGAGAGUCAAGUAAUUACAGCUGCCUCCACAUCACACAAUGUCAUUGCAGGUGGUGCCACUGAGACUGGUGCAGGUACCAUCGAUGGUGACAGCGCUCUCAAUGUCAUAACAGGCGGCAAUGUGGGGCCAAAUAAUGCUGGCGCUGGCUCCAUAGUCGUUGGCGAUAAUCUACGUGAUGAUCUUUACAUAACGAAUGAGGAUCCGCGCACUGAGGCGUUACGGGAGUACUCGUAUGGCAUAAUAUUACCCAUCAUUUGUGCCCUGGGUAUCAUUGGCAAUGUGCUCAAUCUUAUUGUAUUGACGAGGCGGAAUAUGCGAGGAACAGCUUACAUCUAUAUGAGAGCAUAUUCAACGGCUGCUUUGCUUGCAAUUGUCUUCGCUAUUCCCUUUGGUAUCCGAAUGCUUGUGCACAAAGACCGAGGACAGUGGGAAGAGUUUGGGCCAGCAUUUUAUACAGCGCAUUUGGAGUUGUUUCUAGGAAACGGAUGUCUAGGUGUGGGAGUUAUGAUGCUGUUGGUGCUGACAAUAGAACGCUAUGUUUCGGUGUGCCAUCCGAGUUUCACAAGGCCUGUCAUGGGCCCUCCGGGGCUGAUAGUGUUUUUAACCACUUUGAUAACCUUCAUAAUAUAUGUGCCAAGCGUUUUUCGAGGAGAGCUAAUCAAAUGCGUGCUGCAGACAGAUGGACGAUUUGUGUACUUUCGCAGAGAUAAUAAUGCUUUUGUGACAACAGUAUUUUAUUAUGUCUACAAAAUCAUGCUAGAAGUGAUAUUCAAGUUAAUACCCACUAUUCUCAUUGCUGGCCUUAAUCUGCGAAUAAUGAUGGUCUAUCGUCAGACAUGUGAGAAACGUCGCAAGAUGACUUCUUCGAGGGCUUCCUACAUCAAGGAUGCUGAGGAAAGGCGGUUGUUUCUGCUUUUAGGUAGCACUUCUAUAUUAUUUUUGGUUUGUGUUUCUCCCAUGGCCAUUCUGCACAUGACUAUUGCUUCGGAUGUCUUGCCGAGUUUUUCGUUUCAGGUGUUUAGGGCAUUGGCCAAUCUGAUGGAGUUAACCAAUUACUCGAUAACCUUCUACAUCUACUGUCUAUUCAGUGAGGAUUUUCGCAACACCUUGAUGAGAACCAUCAAAUGGCCGUGGAUAAAAUCACAUCUAUGCCAUCAAAUGGAUGAGGCAUCUGCAAAGCAAACGCCUCUGACCAAUUUUGAUAAGUUGACGUUGCGCAACCAUCACAUAACCACCACAUCGGGCGUGUGCACCGGUAUAGGACGUUCCAGUAGCAUUUGAUGCAAACUACCGGUUAUACUAUGAUAGUUUACUUUUUAAGCAUAAGAACUAUUUUUAAAAAUUACUCAGACAAAAACAAAAAUAUAAUAAAAAAUUAAAUAUAAUAAAAAAAAAUUUAAAAAAA